AUGCAAAACGUUAAGGACGCGGCUCAUGCUAUUGCAGAAAAAGUUAAAGGAGUAACAAGUGGUGCUUCGUUUGAAGCCAAUAAGGAGGCAGCUACAACUAAUAACUACUCAACAGGUAACCACACUGAUCGUACUGUCGAUAUUGUUACAGAUAAAAAUAUCAUGCCUUUUCUCGAAGAGAAAAAUAAUGAAGCUAAGAAAGAAGCUACUGAAGAACGAGGUGUAAUUGGUCACAUUGGUGAUACAUUAUCCAAUGCAUAUCAUUAUGUUGCUGAAAAAGUUCAUGAAGCAACAAGUGUUGUUUCAUUUGAAAAUAACAAAGAAAAAGUCAAAGAUUCGGAUAAUACAGUUGGUGAACGUGUUACAGCUGCUUGUUCAGCUGUUGGUGACAAGACUGAAGAAAAAGUUCAUCAAGCCCAAGCUGAAGCACAUAAAGAAGCAAUGUAG